CGUGACCUCCUGGAGGGCCGAUCUCGGGUCUAGUGAUUUGUCCUGUUCUGAUGCGGCGCUGGUCCUCCAGACAGAACCGGUUCAUGUGAUUUCAGGACCUAACCUAGAAUAUAACCCGAGGAAGUCGAUGGAGUCGGUGUGGUCUCUGUAGUUCACUGGGACCAGACUCUCAACCUGCUGGUUUGGACUGGGAGGAAGCCAGAGUACCCAGAGAGAGUCCAGCCAUCCACAGGGAGAGCGUUCUGACAGGGAUGGCCUUGACCUUUGAACCCAGGAGCUUCUUGCUGCUCCUCAUCGUCCCCUGAAUAAAGAUCAUCAGUAACUUCAGGAUUCUCCUUCUGGUGUUCAUCAACCAGCUGAAGCCGUAGCUUCCCAGUCCUGAUCUCCAUCCGACCCCUGCUGCCGUUCCAGCUCCUCUUUCCGUCCCAGCGGACCGCUGGAGAAACUUUCUGCCCUUCAGUUUAUUAUUUCCACUGACAAAUUACAUUUUGAGGGAAAUCUAAUGCAAAUGUGGCCGUACCCUCUGUCCACAGAAACCAUAUCCGUGUCUCCGCUGGGCUUGUUUGAGCGCAGCAAAUGUAAACUUAGACUCCGCUGCUCGCCAUGCAAAUCCACAGGUGGGUCCAGUUUAAAAGGAGCAUGUGGUGAGAUGUUCGAGAAAUGAAAAGCCCAAAUUACAAACAGGAGAGCCUCUUAAUGCAAAACCACCAGAGGAUAGAUGGUGUUUAGAUGCAGCGACGCAGUGGGUGAGAUGGAGGUGCGUAAAACCAAAAUCACCGUUUAUUUUUCAGUAAAUUUUAAAGCUGAUGUCUGUUUACAUCGUCUCCGAACACUUACCACAUCAUUAAUCCUCCUGUUUGUUGAUCAAAAACCUGAACUUUAACGUGCUUUCCAACUGCCUCGUUCCUCAGUGACGCAUCUUCUGAGAAUUUUACCAUUUACCAAACUCAGAACGGAUGUAAACUGAAGGUUAGAUACCGGACAGAGCUUUAAUUUGGGCGUGAGAAAGAAUCAUCUCAGUCUGUCGGAACCGUACGGGUUACGCAAGACAUGCAGCUUCUGAUGUGCUAAAGUCAGUCAGCAGCGUGGCUGUUAUAACGGGGACUAUUUCUGGUUUAAUUCCUGCAGAAUUUGUAAAAUCGUCCAGAAUUGGUGGAAAUGAGUUCUGUUGGGUCCAACUCCACGUUGGGAUUGGAUCCCAGUUUCUUCCUGAACGGCAUCACGGCUCUGCUGGCCUCCAACGUGCUGCUGGGUCUGCCGGCCAAUGGCUACGUGGCCUGGAUGAUAGCGAGCGAGUCCAGCGGCCCCGCCGUCUCGGAGCUCUUCGCCCUCAACCUGGCCGUCGCAGAGAUCCUCUUCGCCUGCUCCUCUUUCUACGUGAUGCUCCACUUCCUGCUCAGGAUGUCCCAGGAGGUCGGGGUUCUGGUUCUGAAGCUGUUCCUGCAGCUCAUGCUGAUUUCUCGGCCACUCUUUCAGACCUGCAUCUGUCUGGAGCGCUACAUGGCCGUGGUCCAUCCCACCAUCUUCAUCAGGCUGAAACCUCUGCGGUACCGUUUGGCCGUCUGCCUCUUUGACUGGCUGCUGAUCCUGCUGGACUUCAUGUUUCCCUUCCUCGGCCCGUCCCUCACCAUCGCUGCUUGCUACUUUAUAGCCAAGUCCCUGCUCUUCCUGUCCGUCUUGUCUUACUGCGGUGUCCGCGUCCUGCUCGUCCUGAAGCAGCCGGGUCCGGGCGACAGCUCCCGCAGCGUUGAGAGCUGGAGCGCCAUGAAGAGGAAGGCCUUCAAGGUGAUCGUCAUCACCCUGGGGUUCAACAGCGCCACCCAGCUGCUGCAGAUCCUCAUGCUGGGCCCAACCGUCCUCACCGCGUCUCUGCUUCUCAUUCUGCAGCUCACGUUGUUCAGCCUCUUCAUCAGCAUCAUCAGCAGCUUCAUCACUCCUCUGCUGUUCCUGCACAGAGCCGGAAAGCUGCCCUGCAUCAACUUCUAGCUGUUGCAGAGACCCAGUUAAGGUUCCUGCCGCAGCCCGAGUCGUGGACAAACAACCUGUUCACAAACAAAACAAUAAAUUUCCCCAGAAACCUGAUUCAUCCUUCCCAAUGAUCCGUGACUGUUUAUUUGGGAAUACUAAUCAUUCCCAUAUUCCCUGUUUUCAGGCCUCUUCACUUGGGAACUUGUGAUGAGUGCCUAGAGACUAACCUUAGCUUUUAUUGAGCCUCGAGGGCUCCUGUAGAUUCGUCCCUGAGCAGCUGAACGUUAGACUCCUGGUUCCUGUUGAAACGAGAAAAUUCCCUUUGAAAGCCUU